AUGCGAAGCCGCAAACCUACGAUCAAUGCUUUGCCUUCCGAUAGAAGCCUGAACAACCAGCUUCGAGAGAAUGACUAUCGAGGCACUACGCUUCUCUCUCUCUCGCAAAACAUAAAAAGGGAUGGGUCUCCAAAUUUCACGCCAAUGUCGAGACGCUUCGCUUAUUCGGGUUUCACCUUUCCCAGCCGUGACCGUGACUGGGAUGGGUACCAAUCCUCUCCUGACCCGUACUACAGAAACACCAGGGCCGAGUCCCCAUAUAGCCCUACCCGACGGACAGUAGGCUACCGUCAAUCCUCGAGUGCCUUCUAUUCUCAGCAACCGAGACGUCCCGCUGAUGGGACCCACGGCCAAUCAUCCUUCAUCGACAGUCCUACAAGACCGCGCGGCUCAAGGAGAACCCUCGACGACUCGGAUUAUGAUGCCGACUAUUCCGACCAGUGGAGCGGCAGUGCUGCAAGGGGUCCUGCGCGAUUCGGUGGCUAUGGCUUCAACGCAACGCUGCGAGGAUCGAAUCUGCACGGUCGUUCUAGGGUUCAAACACCGCCGGCACCAUUCACAUACGACAACUCGGAGGCUCGCCGCUCAGAAAGCGGUUCCGAUUAUAGCGGCGACGUGAUAUAUGCCCGCCACGGCCGCAGUCCGAUUCGUAGGGGGUAUUCGCCGUCACCAAUUCGAACGCAGGGAUCGUUCUGGAGCAGUCCGGGUCGCGAUCGGGGAUGGAGUCGGUCGGCUCGGGUGUUUAGACCGCCUUCUCCUGUCCGGAGGAGCUGGAUAUCGUCGCCUCCCCCGCGCCAACAGAACAACUCAUCCGGCCGUCGGUCGUACGGAUACGAUGACAGCCUUGGAAGUAGACGCUCUGGGACUUGGAGAGGCUCUAGUCCCUCCCCACCGCGGAGUAACACAGGCAGGAACCAGGGAGGUAUUCGGUUUACCAGUUACGCGAGCGAUGAUAUUCCAAUUCGGUCGCCUCGAUCACCAGAUUCUCGCGCUGGAAGUGGGUGGUCAGAAUAUUUUCAGUCGGCAGAGUCGAGUCCGUACCGCGGGUACUGGUGA